CUGUUGUUUUCAUGGUAUUAAAAGAUCAUUCCAACGUUCAGAUCCAACCGAUGUAGAUGAAACUCUGAGUUUGUUAAUAAUCUAUUCAUUUUUUUUUUGCUUCUUCCAAAUCAACUCAACACCACCACAAUCACCACCACCACUACAACAAUAAUCCACCACCACCACCACCACCAUCAGCAACUUUACCUUUAACACCACAACUUAUUUUACUUUUUUCUCCUUGUGUGUGUAUUUUUUCUCAUCACAAUUAACUUUGAUUUUCCACCAUCAAUCUAAUUAACAAGCAAAUCAACACCAUCACUUUCCUCACUUUUCUCUCUCUCUCUCUCUCUCUCGUGUGACACAUUAGUUUAUUCUAUUCUUUUUUCCCCAUUUUUCUCUUUUCACCCACUUUUCCUUUUUCUCUCUUUGGCUUUAACCUCUACGGUGUUUCCGCCUUUGUGAAAUAAUCUCAUUAUUCCCUCAUUUUUUUUUCGACUCCAUUUUGUUGAUUAAUUGUUACAUAUAUUUAAUAAUAUAUAUUCUUGUUGAAAUUAUUCCCUGAGAAGAAAAAUUUUGUUAUUACCUACACAUUAGUCGUUUUAAUUGUUGUUCAAAUCAAAGGAAUACGUUUAUUAAGGUUUAAUUUACUAUCUGAAAAAUGCCUUCGGUUGAAGAAACAAAAUCAACUACUCCCGAAUGGGAGAUGACUGAAGAUAUCGUUAUCUCUGGAGUUUCAGGUCGUUUCGCUGAAUCUGACAAUAUCGACGAACUUGCCAAAAAUUUGUUUGACAAUGUUGACAUGAUUACAGAGGACGAUCGACGAUGGCCUUUAGGUUUAUAUGGACUUCCAACUCGAAGUGGUAAAAUUAAGGAUCUAUCAAAGUUUGAUGCUCAAUUUUUCGGUGUCCAUGGUAAACAGGCCAAUCUUAUGGACCCUCAAGCUCGAAUGUUGCUUGAAUUAACUUAUGAAGCUCUUGCCGAUGCUGGUGUUAACCCACAUUCACUUAGAGGAACUCGAACUGGUGUCUAUGUUGGUGCCUCCGUUUCCGAGGUCGAAGAGGGUUUGGCCCAAGAUGUUUCCAAGGUUUCAGGAUAUGCGCUGACCGGUUGUUCUAGAUCAAUGUUUGCCAAUCGUAUCUCUUAUACCUUUGACUUUCAAGGUCCUUCUUAUGCCAUAGAUACCGCUUGUUCAUCAUCCUUUUUGGCCUUCCAACAAGCCUUAUUGGGUCUUCGAUCAGGCCAAUGUGACCAAGCCAUUGUCGGUGGUGUAUCAAUUUGUCUUCGACCAGUUUCUGCUCUUCAAUUCCACAAGCUUAACAUGCUUUCCAAUGAAGGUAAAUGUAAACACAUGGACGCAACUGCCGAUGGUUACGUACGAUCUGAAGCUUGUUCCGUUGUUUUCCUCCAACGAAAAUCGGAUGCUAAACGUAUCUAUGCCACCGUUAUCCACUCAAAGACCAACACUGAUGGGUACAAAAAGGAAGGUAUUACUCACCCUUCACGAGACGCUCAACGUGACCUGAUGAACGAGGUUCUUCAAGAAUCAGGGGUAAACCCACUUGAGGUCAAUUUUGUUGAAGCUCAUGGAACUGGUACCAAACUUGGUGAUCCAAUUGAAAUCGAUGCCAUUGCCGAGGUUUAUUGUCAAGGUCGAUCUGAACCACUUCUUAUCGGUGGUGUCAAGUCAAACUUAGGUCACACUGAGCCCGCUUCAGGUCUCUGUUCAUUAGCCAAAGUUUUGAUUGCUUUUGAGAAUAAAAAUAUUCCCGCCAAUCUACACUUUAACGUUCCCAAUUCCGACAUUAAGCCACUAGUUCGAGGUCAAGUUAAACCAGUCAUCGAAAAUACCCCUUACAAUGGUGGUAUUGCCGCUAUCAACUCUUUCGGUUUUGGUGGUGUCAAUGUUCACGCACUUAUUAAAUCAAAUGACAAAGAAUUAACUGAUGAUUCGUUCAAAAUAUUCGGCUCAAUUCCUCGAGUUGUAACCAUGUGCGGGCGAACUGAGGAAGGUGUCAACUCUUUCUUUGACUUUAUCGAGAAAAAUCCCCAACGAGUAACCAAAGAGUUCUUAGCUUUGGUCUCUGAGGUUUCCAAGGUUCCCGCAACCACCGGUAUGAAGCAUCGUGGUUACAUGAUAAUGAAAGAGCAAACACAGGAAACACCCGAACCUAAUCAACGAGAAAUCGUUCGAGUACCCGAAGCUGGACCAAUCUGGUUCGUCUUCUCUGGUAUGGGAUCCCAAUGGCCAGCGAUGGCUAAAGCUAUGAUGCCAAUUAAGAUCUUCUCUGAUGCUAUCGACGAAUGUGCUGAAAUCGUUAAACCUUAUGGAGUUAAUCUUCACCAUCUUCUCAUGGAAGAUGAUGAAAAAGCUUUGGACAAUAUUAUCGCUCCUUUCGUCUCAAUCGCCGCCGUACAAAUUGGUCUAGUUGAUGUUAUGAGAGCCAUUGGAAUUGAACCCGAUGGUAUUGUAGGUCAUUCCGUCGGUGAAUUAGGUUGUGCUUAUGCUGAUGGUUGUUUCGAUCGACGACAAAUGAUGCUCUCUGCCUACUGGAGAGGUAAAUGUGUCGAUAACUACAAGAAUCACGAGAAAGGUUUAAUGGCCGCCGUUGGAUUAGGAUGGGAAGAGUGUUCAAAACGUUGUCCAGCUGAAGUUGUUUGUGCUUGUCACAACUCUGAAGAUUCAACAACGAUCUCUGGUCCAUUCAGCGUGGUUAAAAAGUUUGUCGCUGAGCUUAAAGCUGAAAACAUUUUCGCUCGUGAGGUCAAAUCUUGUGAUAUCGCUUUCCACUCCUACAUUGGUCCAAUUGGUCCCGAUCUUUGCGAGAAACUCAAGGAUGUCCUUAAACCACCAAAGGCUCGAUCACCCAAAUGGAUUUCAUCUUCCGUUCCUGAAGAACGAUGGGGCGAUGAAGAUGCCAAAUACUCUGCACCCGCUUAUUAUGUCAACAAUCUUGUCUCCCCUGUACUCUUCCAAGAGGCUCUUAAAUUUGUCCCCAAAAACGGUGUCUUUAUUGAGUUUGCACCACACACUCUUCUCCAGGCCAUUCUUAAACGAUCACUUGGACCCGAAAUGGUCUAUCUUGGUCUCAUGAAACGAAAUGGAAAUGCUGAUAAUCUUGAUUAUUUCUUAUCAAGUUUGGCUAAACUUUACACUCUUGGAUUUAAUCCUAAAAUUGAAAAUCUUUACCCCAAAGUGGACUAUCCCGUUCCUCGAGGUACUCAAUCUCUUGGUUCACUCAUUAGAUGGGAUCACACUCAAUCCUGGUUGGUUACUCAAUAUCCUGAAUAUUUCAAUCCCUCAUCAUCAUCUGAUUACGUUGUCAAGGUUGACCUUAAUGAAGUCGAUGACCAAUACCUUGAAGGUCAUUGUAUCGAUGGUCGUAUCCUUUUCCCUGCAACAGGUUACCUUAUGUUGGCCUGGAAAAUGUUAGCCAAGAUCAAGGGUCGUUUCCAUGACAAGAUUCCAGUUGAAUUUGAAAAUGUUGUCCUUCAACGAGCGACCAUUUUACCCAAAAAUGGACAAGUUAAAUUUGUAAUUCGAAUGAUGGAAACUUCUGGUGAAUUCUCAAUCUCCGAAGGAGGUGCGAUCGUUGCCACUGGUAAAGCCACUGUUCCAGAAGAACCCGUUCUCAAAAUGACUCACAUUUUGGAAGAGACUUUAGCCGAACCAACCAAGCCCGAAGUAAUUACUCUUUCUGCCAAAGAUAUUUACAAAGAAUUCAGAAUUCGUGGUUACGAUUACGGUUCAACUUUCCAAGGAUUAAAAGAAGCCUCUGACGAUGGUCGAAAAGGUAGCAUUUCAUGGACCGGUAAUUGGAUCUCAUUUGCCGAUUCACUUCUUCAACUUGGAAUCAUCGGUAAAUCACGGGCUCUUUUCCUUCCAGUCCGGUUCCAAUCAGUUCGAUGUGACCCAAUGCUCCUUAUGUCCAAAGUUGCCGAAGGUGGUGAUUUCCCUGUUGCUCAUGAUCCUCGAAUCAACGUUAUUGUUACUCAUGGUCUUGAAUUCCGUGGCCUCAAAACCAACAUCGCACCUCGACGACAAGGCGCUCAAAGUCCAAUCAUUGAGAAUUACUCUUUCAUUCCAAACGAUGAGACCGACGCUUUAACCAAAUCCGACAAAUCCGAAGUCGAUGAAUACCUUCAAGUUUGCUCAACCCUCGCAUCCAAGGUACUCGCCUCUUCCGGUAAAGCUGAACGGGAAGUCAUGAACGGUUUCAAAGUCGCUUCAGAUGAUCUGAUUGGUCACUACUUGAACGGACCACCAACCGACUUUGCCCUACUCCAUGCCCUUAAUGGAGUCGCUAACGAUGUUAAAUCGACAUCAUUCGAUGACAAGGUCGCUAAUUCAGUCGCUAAAUUCAAGUCGGAUCUUCACAAAGAUUUACUUGCAAACGUUUAUACUCGUGAACGUUUCCUUCGACCCGCUCUUGCCUUGAUUGCAGAAAAUGUAAGCACCAAUGUCAAGGUUACCGAAGUCAACGGAUCAAAUUCUCUUCUUUAUAAUUCAGUCAAAGAAUAUCUUGACCUUUCCCGAUCAAAGAUCGAUUAUUCAAUCGCUCAUCCCUCACCUGCUGACCUCGAAAAUGCAAGUGCAUUGGAAACUGAAACAACUCUCGCCUCCUGGUCCCUUGGAGACUCACCCGUUCCCGCUGAAUUGGAAAACGCUGAUCUAGUUAUUUACAAAGACUCUUCAGCUUAUGCUCCAGGUCAAAAGUCAGCUGGAUUAAACAAUAUCCUCACUGGAUUAGUCGGAUUGACCAGAGAAAAUGGUUUUAUCCUUGUCGCCUUACGAAACAGUUUAACUCCCCCUGAGGCUGUUCUUUACGGUAAACCCGCUAAAGAUCAAGCGGCCGAAUACAUUUCAACCGCUUCCUCAUUGGGUCUCACUUUGAUUAGUCAAAAAUCUGACGGACUCUCAUCAUCAGUCCUUGUCUUCCGCAAGUCCUCACCCAAAUCAGCUGCUGACCAAACCAUCGUCUCAAUUGAUACCUUCAAUUACGGUUGGGUUGAUGAAUUGAAACGAAAGGUUAAAGAGUACGAAACUAAGCCCGAAGGUCACAACAUUUGGCUUGUAGCUCAAGAUUCACCUCUUAAUGGUGUCGUUGGUUUAGUUAACUGUUUACGUCUUGAACCUGGUGGAUCACAUAUUAGGUGCAUUUACCAAGGCACUUCCUCGACUGCAAAGGUUGAUUUUACCAAAGAACCUUUUGCUUCAUUGUUGAAGAAAAAUCUUGUGAUGAACAUUUUCCAAGGUUCGACUCUUGGUUCUUAUCGACAUGUUUGCAUGAAAAACAUUGAGGAAGAUGGAGUUCGAGAAACAACCGAUGCUUAUCUCAAUGUAAUGACUCGAGGUGAUUUAUCAUCUCUCCGAUGGUUCGAGGCGAAUCACAAGUAUUCUGGUCUUACCGCUAAAGAUCAACUUUGCCAUGUUUACUAUGCACCACUUAACUUCCGUGAUAUUAUGUUGGCCACUGGUAAAUUACCUCCCGAUGCACUUCCAGGUGAUCUUGCUCUUCAAGAUUGUAUCUUGGGUCUUGAAUUUUCUGGACGAGAUUCAAGAGGUCGUCGAGUUAUGGGUAUGACACCCGCUCGAGGUAUGGCCACAACUGUCGUUGUAAAUGAUCCUGAAUUUAUCUGGGAAAUACCAUCAAGUUGGUCCAUGGAAGAAGCAUCAACCGUUCCCGUUUGUUAUUCAACCGCUUACUAUGCACUUAUAGUUCGAGGUAAUCUUCAACCUGGUGAAUCGGUACUCAUCCACUCAGGUUCGGGUGGAGUUGGUCAAGCUGCCAUUUCUAUUUGUUUAUCGAUGGGUUGUCAAGUUUUCACCACCGUUGGUACAAAAGAUAAACGUGAAUUCUUGAAGAAACAUUUCUCACAAUUGAAAGAUCGUAACAUUGCCAAUUCCCGAAACACCAGUUUCGAACAACAUGUUCUAAGAGAAACCAAAGGUCGAGGUGUCGAUGUUGUACUCAACUCACUGGCCGAGGAAAAACUUCACGCUUCGAUUCGUUGUCUCGCUCAACAUGGUCGAUUCUUAGAGAUCGGUAAAUAUGAUCUUUCACAAAACAAUCCAAUCGGAAUGGCCGCUUUCCUUAAGAACAUUGGUUUCCACGGUAUCCUUUUGGACUCACUUUUCACCGGUGGUAAAACACCCGCUACCUCAUUGAUCGCUCAAAAACAAAUGGUCGCUCAACUCGUUAAAGAAGGAAUCAAAACCGGAGCCGUUAAGCCACUUAACCGAACCGUUUUCGGUGUAAACGAAGCUGAAUCUGCUUUCCGUUUUAUGGCCUCAGGUAAACACAUUGGUAAGGUUAUCCUUAAGGUUUGCGAUGAGGAACCAACACCCGUCACUCCACCAGUAAGUGUCUCUAUUCCGGCCAUUGCUCGAACCAUUUUCUAUCCCAACAAGAGUUACAUUCUUGUCGGUGGUCUUGGUGGUUUUGGUUUAGAAUUAGCCCAUUGGAUGGUUGAUCGAGGUGCCCGACACCUUAUUCUUACCUCAAGAAGUGGACCUCGAGAAGGUUAUCAAUAUCUUGCCGUUAAACGACUCAAAGCCUUAGGUGCCAAUGUCGUUGUCUCACAAAUCAAUUGCUCAACCGAAAAAGGUUCCCAUGAAUUGAUUGACUUGGCCAAAUCAUUCGGACCCGUUGGUGGUAUUUUCAACCUUGCAUUGGUGCUUAAAGAUUCACUCUUUGAAAAUCAAUCACCCGAAGCAUUUGUUGCCGUUGGUGAACCUAAAAUUAAGGGUACCCACUAUUUGGAUGCCGUCUCAAGAAAAUCGUGUCCAAACCUUGACUAUUUCGUCGUCUUCUCAUCAAUCUCCUGUGGCCGAGGUAACGCAGGUCAAACCAAUUAUGGUUUCGCUAAUUCAGUUAUGGAAAGAAUCUGUGAACAACGAACCAAAGACGGUCUUCCCGGUAAAGCCAUUCAAUGGGGCGCUAUCGGUGAUGUUGGUGUUAUCCUCGAAACUCUUGGUACCAAUGAUACCGUUAUCGGUGAAUCAAUUCCUCAACGAAUUCCAUCUUGCAUGUCAUGUCUUGAUCGUUUCCUUCAAUCUCCUUACACUGUUUGCUCAAGUUUCAUUCGAGAUGCUUCCGCAUCUUCAACUGGUCCCAAAGCUUCAUCUAAAAGUGACCUUAUCAGUGCCGUGGCUCAUGUCAUGGGUGUUAAAAAUCCUGCCUCUCUCCAUCCUUCACUGUCUCUUAGUGAAUUAGGUUUAGAUUCAUUGAUGGGAGUUGAAGUUAAACAAACCCUGGAACGAGAUUAUGAUCUUAUCCUUUCCAUGGUUGAGGUUCGAGCCUUGACCGUUCGUCAAUUAAAGGAAAUCAGUGCGGGUAAUAGCAGUGUCCUUCGUGACGAGGCCUCAGCAGCAGCGGGCGAUGUUGACCUUACAAUGCCUGUUAUCUCAAUUCCUAAUCGGGUCGAUGUAAGGUUGAACGAUGCUACUGAGGGAAAACCAAUUUUCUUCCUUCCACCAAUCGAAGGUACCUUUAAUUUAUUAACUCCACUGGCCAAAUUACUCUCAAGGCCAGUUAUCGGUCUUAACUGGACUAGUGCAGUAACCAAAUUAAACACCCUCGAAGAAGCAGCCUCUUUCUUCAUAAACGAAUGUCGUAAACAUCAAACCGAAGAAUCUCUUGACCUGGUCGGUUAUUCAUUUGGUUCCGUUGUGGCCUUUGAAAUGGCCAAACAAGCAACCGUUGAUAAUCUCAUCCUAUUGGACGGAUCACCCGUACUUUUUAAACACUUUGCCAAACAAUGGCGCAUCAAAGCGGGCGCUAAUGAUGCGGUUGAACAAGAUGUUGAAGCUUUAGUUGUUUUCUUAUCUCAAUUGGUGCCAGUUGAUUAUAUUAAGACGAAAACCGAACUUGCUGAAAUUAAGGAUAAAGAUGAUCGAGUUGCUCGAGCAGCCCAAUUAUACGCCGAUAAUGGUGGACCUUCAUGCGAAGCGGCUGACCUCGCAUUCGCGUCCGAAUGUUUCGUCCAAAAAUCAACCCUGGUGCUCAAAUAUAAUGAAGAGACACAAGCAAAACCAACCAAUUCAGUCCUUUUAAUCAGAGCCGAUGAGGAAUUAGUUAAAAUUGAUGAUUGUCCGAAAGACUAUUUCUUAUCUAAGUCUGUCGAUGGCGAUGUAACCGUUAAAGUUUUCAAAGGAAAUCACAAAUCAUUCCUGAGUAAUAAUCUAAGAGACAUUGCCAUGGCCAUGAACAAUAGAUUUUAAGCAAUUUAAUUAACAAUUAACCAUUAAUGGAUAUAAACAAUUUACUUUUCAUCUCCUAUCAAUUAUCACUUUAUUGCAAUUAACUUGUGGUCGGCGGACAAUUAUUGUUGUUGCCAAAACAAAAGACAAAAUCACACAACGAAAACAAUUUAUGAUUAACUAUCAAAUUAAUUAAUUAUCAAGGUAACUAAAUAUAAAUAUUAUGUAUUUUUGGGAAAAACAAUUUGCUAUGACCUGUGGUGGGUUAUUGUUUGGAUCAAGCAAAAGAAAAACAAUCAAAUUUAAUUGUUUCUACACUUUUCCCUCUAAUAUAAUUAAAGAAAUGAUUAUUUUCAAUUAAUAAAUUGGAAAAAUAAAUUUUCAUUGUUUAAGGUAA